AUGGGGAAACAGAACAGCAAGUUGACCCCUGAAGUGAUGGAGGACCUGGUGAAGAGCACAGAGUUUAAUGAACACGAGCUGAAGCAGUGGUACAAGGGAUUCCUGAAGGACUGUCCCACCGGCAGACUCAACCUGGAUGAGUUCCAGCAGCUUUAUGUCAAGUUCUUCCCUUACGGUGACGCAUCCAAGUUCGCCCAGCACGCCUUCAGGACCUUCGACAAGAAUGGCGACGGCACCAUCGACUUCAGAGAGUUCAUCUGUGCGCUGUCCAUCACAUCGCGAGGCAGCUUCGAGCAGAAGCUCAACUGGGCCUUCAACAUGUACGACCUGGACGGAGACGGCAAGAUCACACGCGUGGAGAUGCUGGAGAUCAUCGAGGCGAUCUAUAAGAUGGUGGGCACGGUGAUCAUGAUGAAAAUGAACGAGGACGGCCUGACGCCCCAGCAGAGGGUGGACAAGAUCUUCUCCAAGAUGGAUAAGAACAACGACGACCAGAUCUCACUGGACGAGUUCAAAGAGGCGGCCAAGAGCGACCCGUCCAUUGUACUACUGCUGCAGUGCGACCUUCAGAAAUAG